AAUCCUAUUAAUGUGGAUAGUAACUUGUUCGAAAUUGAUUUCGAUCACAAACUCAAAUAACUGGGUUGGUGUAUAAGCCCGCAUCUACAAUCGUUCUAGCCACAUAGGCUCGGUUAUUAAGGUUGGUCUAAUUUACGAAAUCGAAGUCGAAUCCCCACACGCUUUUCGCCUCACCGCCGACCAAUCGCCGGCGAUCAAGGUUCCUAUAUAUAUAGAAAUUUUCAUUGCUUCCAUUGGCGAUAUCAAAUUAACGAUGGGGUUUAUGGUGACAAGCCUAAUUUUUUCCGUUGUUGGAAUCAUUGCUUCUCUGUGUACCAGAAUCUGCUUCAACAGAGGGCCUUCUACAAAUCUGCUCCACCUGACGUUGGUCGUUACUGCAACAGUUUGUUGUUGGAUGAUAUCAACUUACAGGCUGCAGGAAAAAUGUCCGUUUCUAUGUCGUUCUCCAUGUUUGUGCACCAAAGCUUCUUUCGUUGUUCCAACUUUGUCUCUGCUUUGGUGGGCAAUUGUGUAUCUUGCUCAGAUGAAACCGCUCAUUGUCCCGAUUUUGAGCGAAGGGGAGUGAGGUUCUCUGUGGGAAAAGCUUUUGCAAUCCUCUUGCAUUGUGGUGGGUUUUGUGGGAAUGAAGAGUUUAGUCAAGAGGAAAAAAGUACCGAAGUCUUCUCAUCUAAAUAUUUGUAUGUAGCUCUUAUUAAGUGCAAAAUACUUCAGAUUGAUUGAGCAUAUUGUGGUUGACUCUAACUGCUGUAAAGACCGUUAUUCAUGUCUUAAUUCAAUGUCGGAGAUCCAAAAUAA